CAUGAAUAAUAAAUGCGAGAUAAAUUAAAGAUUCCUGACACCACUACUCUACUGUUCUUCUCCCUGUCGUGCCCGCGACAGCCACCGCUCUUGGCUUUUAAUUCGAUCGAACGUUUGGGAGCGUGGACUUCGAUCGGUCGCCAUGGAUCUGCGGUUACGCCCGCUGCUGCAGCCCUUCUUCGAGUCCGUCCGGGCGGGGGACGUCGACGCCGUCCGGCGCGCCGUCGAGGGCCUCGAUGACGCCUCCGCGGGCGCCGCCCUAGCGACCGCGCAGACGGAAGCCGGUGAGACUGCGCUGUACGUUUCAUCGGAGGGAAACUCCGUGGAGCUCUUCCGAUACCUGCUCCGCUUCUAUGACUUCGAUGCCGCCGUCAUCCGCUCUCGCGUCGAUCUCGACGCUUUCCAUGUCGCCGCCAAGCUCGGGCACACGGGAAUUGUUAAAGAACUGCUGAGCAACUGGCCUGAUGUCUGCAAACAAUGUGAUUCAUCCAAUACUACUGCCCUUUAUUCAGCUGCAGUCAUGGAUCAUUUGGAGGUGGUGAAUUCCAUACUAGAUGUGGAUGAGAACUCAGUUAGAAUUGUGAGGAAGAAUGGGAAAACGGCACUGCACACUGCUGCUAGAGUUGGUUAUCAUCAAAUUGUGAGAGCACUUCUUCUGAGAGAUCCAGGAGUAGUUUCUAUAAAGGAUAAAAAGGGACAGACUGCAUUACAUAUGGCUGUAAAAGGUCGCAGUCUAGAUGUUGUCGAGGAGCUACUGCAAGCUGAUAUUUCUAUUCUCAACAUGUGUGACAAGAAGGGGAACACCGCUUUGCAUAUAACCACCAGGAAAUGGCGCCCACAGAUGGUUAGACUUCUUUUGUGCUAUGAGGCUAUCGAGGUGAAUGCAAUCAAUGGUCAGAAUGAAACUGCAAUGGACUUGGCUGAAAAGAUCCCUUAUGGUGAAUCUCAGAUGGAUAUUAUGGAAAGCCUUUCAGAAGCUGGUGCCAAGCAUGCAAGGAAUGUUGGCAAGAUUGAUGAUCAGCUGCGAAGAACAGUCAGUGAUAUAAAGCAUGAUGUCCAUACCCAAUUCCUCCAGAAUGCUAAAACAAAUAGGCGCGUGACAGGCAUCGCACAGGAGCUUAGGAAAUUACAUCACGAAGCUGUUCAGAAUACCAUCAAUUCGGUGACAAUGGUAGCGGUUCUAAUCGGAUCCAUUGCAUUCAUGGCCAUAUUCAAUUUGCCUGGUCAGUAUUUCCAAGAUGGAAGUGAAGUGGGCAAGGCUCAUAUAGCCAACGAUAUGGGCUUUCGUUUGUUUUGCCUCUUAAAUGCUGCCGCACUGUUCAUUUCGCUUGCUGUUGUCGUGGUUCAGAUCACUUUGGUUGCAUGGGAAACAGGUGCUCAGAAGCAGGUUGUUUCCGUCGUAAACAAGCUCAUGUGGACUGCCUGUCUCAGCACUUGUGCAGCAUUCCUCUCUCUAGCUUAUGUGGUCGUGGGGAAGCAAGCCAUCUGGAUGGCAACCACGAUAACAGCAAUUGGAGGUCCUAUCAUGGCAGGCACGCUGUUGACGAUGAGUUAUUUUGUACUGCGACAGCGUUUUCGAUUCGGCGAAGACUCUCAAAGGCGUAUUAGGAGGCCCAGCGGCAGCAAAUCCUUCUCCUGGUCCCUUCCUUCUGGUUUUUCUGAUCCAGAUGCCUUCUCCGAUCAUGAGAAGAAGAUAUAUGCUCUUUAGCUCUGACUUCGAUGUGUGAGGAUAUAGCAUCUACUAAGUCCUGCUUGUAUAUAUAUCCAUCAUGAGUUGUGCUUUCAGCUUUCCUGUCGAGUUUUGAUAUGUAGUGCAAGCCAUUGUUAUCGGUUAAGAAAUAAUGAGCUUCCUGAUGUACAGCUUAAUCUUGCAUGUAAAACAAUGGUGUUUUAGAUUGCUGUAAAAUCACUAGUGUUGAUGUAAUCAUGCUUCAGUGGCUUAACUUUUA